CCCUCCGCCCAGUCGCUUGGCCGAGUCCGGCCGAGGUGCUCGCGCAGGCAGAGUGCGCUCCGGUCACUUGAUAUGGCGGCAGCGGCGGCUACUGCGGCAACCAAGGGGAAUGGGGGCGGCGGUGGCCGGGCUGGGGCCGGCGAAGCCAGCGGCGCGCGGAAGAAGAAGGGCCCGGGGCCUCUGGCCACGGCGUACCUGGUCAUCUACAAUGUAGUGAUGACAGCGGGGUGGCUGGUUAUAGCUGUUGGUCUGGUCAGAGCAUACCUGGCUAAGGGUAGCUACCAUAGCCUUUAUUAUUCAAUUGAAAAGCCUUUGAAAUUCUUCCAAACUGUAGCCUUAUUGGAGAUUUUACAUUGUGCUAUAGGAAUUGUUCCAUCUUCCGUUGUCCUGACUUCUUUCCAAGUGAUGUCAAGAGUUUUUUUAAUAUGGGCAGUGACACAUAGCGUCAAAGAGGUACAGAGUGAAGACAGUGUCCUCCUGUUUGUUAUUGCCUGGACAAUCACAGAAAUUAUCCGUUACUCUUUUUAUACAUUCAGUCUAUUAAACCAUCUGCCUUACCUCAUCAAAUGGGCCAGGUACACGCUUUUCAUCGUGCUGUACCCAAUGGGAGUGUCGGGAGAACUGCUCACAAUGUAUGCAGCCCUGCCCUUUGUCAGACAGGCCGGCCUGUACUCCAUCAGUUUACCCAACAAGUACAAUUUCUCCUUCGACUACUAUGCGUUCCUGAUCCUAAUAAUGAUCUCCUACAUUCCCAUUUUCCCCCAGUUGUACUUCCACAUGAUACAUCAGAGAAGAAAGGUCCUAUCUCAUACUGAAGAGCACAAGAAAUUUGAAUAGUUCCUGCUUUCUGCACCUCCCCCCCAAAAAACAAACUUUUCAAUGAUCAAAAAAUGCUGCAGACUUUUUGAGUUCCCAAUACGUUUCAUAGAAAAUAAGUAAGAACUAUUUUUAAAAUAUUUAAAAUAAAACAAAAACCAAAAUCCAGUGUCACAUGGGCCUGGGAUUUUCUAUUUAAAAAAGGCUGUUACAUAAAACAUCCUGGCCAGUCCAUUUCAGCAUGCUCUUUCUUUCAACCAGAAGUUCCCAAUAUUUAUGAUGGCGCUAGAAAGAGAUUUGGCAUUUUAUAUCCUUCUGUGUCCUUCAUGUAUCUGAUAAAUAAAUAUCUGUAACACUGAAUACUUGAGAGUUACAGUCUGAGUAAUGAAGUUGUACCAACUGAAUGCCCAGCUUGCAGUAGAGUUAUGUUUCAGUCUGCAGUGUGUUUAGCAUUCCCUUUUCAAAGUGCUUGACUGCAUGCUGGAAACUAUUUGUAUUUUUGAAGCGGCAAACUUUGUUCUCUGGAAUGCUCUGAAGUUAUGGCUGGGACCUAUCCCCUCAUAUCUACUGAAUGAAUUAUAAAAUGUAUAUGCCUGUGAAGCUUUGGGAUAGUGCCCGUAAUCCAAAAACAACUAGAAUCCUUUUGUUUGUUUUCAGUUGAGUCAUUACUGCCUGCCACUAAGAAACGUGCUUGAAUUUAAUAAGUAUGUGUACCUUGUAAGAACCUACCUUAUCUGGAGCUCAGCCUCAAUCAUAUUUUAACAAAAUGACAGUUCUCAGAAAGGGAAAACUCCAUAGCUAGUAAGUGACAAGCACCUUUCAUGGUACUGUUCUCAGAACACCUCUGAGUAGCGCGAGUAAGGUAUGUGCUGGUAGCCGUUCUCAUUUAUGGACCCUGAAGCCAAUCCAGCCACAUGGAAGUGGGGAAUCUGUAAUCAAAAGCGCAUGGGAGGCGCCACGUUAGAAAUGUAGUCCAGAAAAACAUUCAGGAAUAGGUUUUUACACCAUUGUAAUUUUAAUUUUUAAUUUUCUCUCACUUUUCUGUUUGGAUACUUUUCCUAAUUAUGCUCCUAUGUUAAUUCCCACCAAGUUGUAAGGCCAGAGGCAGUAAACUGUUCCAGUUGGGCAGCUAUGAGCUAAAAGCAGUAUCAUCUCUGGGUGUUGGAGCAGCCAAGAAAUAUUUUGGUCCUAUGGACAUUGUCUAAUUAACAUCACAUCUUCAUACCAUUCAGUUGCUCAGCUGUGCAUUUAAAACCCUUCAAGAAAGGGUUGGAUGAAAAUGUAAAAGCACAAGUUUAGAUGUGCAUUAAAUUUUAAACAACACAGUAUCUUUUUUAUUUAUGGAGCCUUUUUUUUUUUUUGGUUGAUCUUUAAGACUAAGUCUAGCUUACUGAGUAGUUGUCAUUUAAUAUAUAAUUGCUAAUAUCAAAAGAGUAUCAUAAUGGAAAACUAAAUUUUUAAAUGCUUAUUUUCAUAGAAGCUUAAAAAUUUAUUGCAGGCAGGUAUGUAAUAAAUUAUUUUUAAAUUGAACAUUCAAAUUCUGCUUCUGAAAGUCAGCACUCUAGGGCAUUUUGAGAUUGGAAUCUAUUCUUGUAUUUGAUAGACAAAAUAUGUGGGAAAGCUUUUUUCAUACUUUUUCUGUCUUUUUAUUCUUCCAAAAUUUAUUUCUACUGUAAAGUAGAAUCAACCUGGGUUAUAUUAGUCUUACUACUUUAUUCAGUAAAGAUUUUUUUCAAUUGUUUUUGGAAAACUUCUAAAAGAUAAGAUGAAAAAUGCAAGUAUUUUGGGAUUGGUGGGCUGGGAGUUUUAUUCAGGCCUCUUUAUUAUAAUUUGUCACCGGUUAUGAAGAACAUUCUGUUGCAAACAGUAGUAUUGCAUCGAAUUGAACUUUGGCAAUGAGAACACAGCAAACAGUUCCCUUUUCAAAAAGGGUCUCUACCCCAAUGUGAAUUAUUGUAUGUCAACCUUUAGAAUCCUUGUGGCAGAAAAACAAGGCAUGUCACUGUGUCCUUCAAUAACCUCUCUCCAUAUCUGGUUUCUUUAUCCCAAACAUGAAUUCAUUUCUCUUUUGAAGUAGUGUUCUUUUAUAAAUUAAGAACAUCCAACCCACCAAAUGUCACCUCUUCUUAUGAGGUGCGAAUGAGGGAGGUAGUGUUUCUGUGAGUAUUUCGUUAGACCGAGCGGUUUCAUCUCAGGUCACAGUCAAAGGCAUCAUCCUCCCGUCUACCCCCUUAGGUGCGUGGUUCAGAUCCCCCCUGUGGGGCCUCCUUCAGAAAGACGGUUCUCUGAGGUGCGCAGUAGUGCUUUGUAGACACAAGCUGCUAAUCUGCAUCUUGCUAUGUUCUCUUUGCUAAGGUUGGGAUUAUUCAUUUAACAUGUACCAGCCAGUAUCAAAGGCACCAUGGAGAGUUAGUCAUGGAAUAAAGCACUAUCCUUGAAGACAAAAAAGUUCCUCCAGAGCAAACUUCUGACAGGAAAGGUGUAGAAGAUGUAGAGUUUAAAGGGGCAUAUGAAGAGAUCCUGCCCUCAUUUUUUACUUGGUUAUUUAUUUAUUUUUUUUGGUUAUUCAUUUGUAAUAAAAAGUUUGCAUUUAUGUGAUCCAACCUGCAAAUUAUUUUCAAUUCUGAGUUUCAGAUAAAACAUCUUAAAAACAUCAAAGUGAAUAUGUACUGCUCCUUUGAAAUUUGGGUAAAAAAUUAUACACCCAUAUAUACAGUCAUUUUUGUAUUUUUUCUAUGUUGUGAAAACCAAAAUUGUAAUUUUAUAAGUCUUUGAUUCACUAAAAUUAUAUAAUUUAAAUGUAUUUUUUGUAUAUUUAGAAUAAGGAGUUCAAAGACUAUGCUUAACUUUCUAUGCAUGCAUUUGAAAGCUGUUUUUACCUGAUAAUGUUAAUGUGGUAAUAAGUUGUAUUCAUAAAAUACUGAUCUGUGUUGCAUUUCAAAAUAAACUAGUGUGUGCUCUGCCUGGAUUUGAAAUAC